GUGGCGUCAUUGUUCCUACGCACGCCGAACCGUGCACCACGCGAGUGGCAGGUCACUGUUGCACCACGGAUCACGGAUCACGCUAUCCAAACGGACGCCGGCCGGACAGUACAGUCAAGUGAAGGUUGUGCCAUCUACCCGCAGGACCGUUCUUAAGCAUUGGUGUGAUCCAAACGAAAAUCCAUUCCUUGGCCGGUGCGCUCAAGACGUUGUGCAGUGUGUGUGUGUUAAUGAGUGAGUGUGUUUAAUAAACUGAUAAAAAAGUCCAGUAUUACAGUGAAACAUCGAGCAAGAAAAGGGCAGAAAUCCUUAACCACACCACCACCGACGGUGUUCAAUCGUACAUCGAUCUUCGUUCGGUGUGUUUCUCGCAAGGCGGACAAAAAAGCCAAUCACAGCGAAAAAAAAAAGAACCGCGCCAGUGAUACCGUCGCAAGUAGGAGGAAGGAAAAACAAAAUUUUAACACGCUGAAGCGCCAGCAAAAGCGCUUGUCGCAAAGUCGUCGUGGCAUUGCCGUUGACAGGUUGACGAAGUUUGCUGGCAACGUUUUUUUCGCCUGUGUUUGCCGAUCGAGCGACGCCGAGUGUGACCGAUUUUACACCCGACACUCGACGUGAUUCAGUUAAAGUUCUUUUCCUGUGGGAAAACGCACCCGUAACCUGACAAACAGUCCCUUUCACAUUAAAACGCCACGAAUCUCACCAUGACCUCCACCAACAUCAGCGAAAGCAUUCCGUUCUACGACGUGUUCGGGUACUACGAAUGGACGCUAACGCUCGCCGACCCGCGCACGAAAGGAUGGCCGAUGGUCGACUCACCGAUUCCCACCCUGACCGGUGUCUGCAUAUAUCUGUUCCUCGUCUGGAUUGGUCCCAAAAUAAUGCGCGAGUAAGCCUCAUCGCCCCUCCUUUUCUAGAGAUUCAUUUGUUUACGCAUGACGCUCUCUGGUGCCUCUGUUCUAGCCGGAAACCGUUCGAUCUGACCACGUUCCUGGUGCCGUACAAUUUGGCCAUGGCCCUGCUAAAUCUCUACAUCUGCCUGCAGCUCUUCAUCGGGUCGACCAUGCGCCGGUACAGCUACAUCUGUGAACCGUGCCGGCAGAGUUUCCAUCCUGCGGAGCUUCGGAUUGUCGAUGCCGUCUGGUGGUACUAUUUCUCCAAAGUGCUGGAAUUCUCGGACACAUUCUUCUUCAUACUGCGCAAGAAGGAUAAUCAGUUGACGUUCCUGCACGUGUACCACCAUAGCACCAUGUUCUCGUUCUGGUGGAUCGGCGUCAAGUGGGUCCCAAGUGGAAGCACAUUCCUGCCCGCCAUGGUCAACUCCUUCAUCCACGUGCUGAUGUACACGUACUACGGGCUAGCCGCCGUCGGCCCGCACAUGAACAAAUACCUCUGGUGGAAGAAGUACCUGACGAUCCUGCAGCUGAUCCAGUUCACCGUCGCCAUGAUACUCGGCAUCAAUGGCAUCAUUACCGGGUGCGAGUUUCCACUCUGGAUGCACUACACGCUGAUCGGGUACAUGAUCUCGUUCAUCCUGCUGUUCGGCAACUUUUACGCCCAAGCCUACAUGCAGGGCAAACCGAUCCAACAGUUCGAGAUCAACUGCAUCGACAUGGGAGCGAUCAAAAAGUCCGAAUAGGCCAAACCAGGCACCUCCCUAGUGGUUUGUGGCGCUUGUGUCGCUGUGUAUCAUAUAGUGCGUUCCGUUUCUUACUGCUCCAGUUUUCUGUCGGUUUUUUUCUUUGUUUGCUGCGUUUGUACAUUUUUGCUCACACCAAUGUAUCUUUCGUAAAAAUGGGGGGACACGCUACACUUUUCCAACUGCUCAACUUCAGCAGGAAAUCGAUUGUUAAUAGGAAAUAAAGUCAAACUCGAAAAAUAUAGGAUAAGUGAAAAA